AUGCAAUCCGUUAUUCAUAAUCAAUUAUCUGCUCCAUCAUUUAAAAAUCAAAUAAAAUCAGGAUUUAUAAAUGCUGGAAUAAUUGACGAAACAAUUGAAGAACUUGAAAAACCAAAGGCAACAAUUGAAUUUAGUCUUAAUGGAGGAGAAAUAUCAAUUCCAACAAAAAAUGGUGAAAGAAAAACAUAUUCACUUAAUAUAUCAACUGAAGAUAAAACACCUGAAGUAUUUCAAUGUAUUAAACAAAUAAAUCGAGAUCAAUUUGAAAGUUGUGCUCUUAUUGAACAAUGA